CAGACGCAGAUUUUUAUUAGCGCGUGUUUCGCGGAUAGUGAUACUUAAAAAUCUCGACGAGAAAAUUGAUCGCUACGAAUUUACGGAUUGUUAUACGAUGAUUUGACAAUUUUAAUUGCGAUGCCAAUGUACUAGUACGCGUAUUACAAUGGUUAUUCGCGUUAAAGUCGUGUGAUUAGUUCGAUGGAUCUAGUUUUUCGACAUUUUGAUAAUUUGAGAAAAAAAGUGAAAAUUUUAACCAGCUGUGAUACUCGAGUGCUAUCGUAAAUCCGGUAUCGACGCUGAAGAAUUUUCUACGUUUUCGUUUAAUCGAUUAUUUUUCGUGUAUUUUUUUAAAUAGCUGAUCAAAUUUUUAUUUUUGAAAAUAUUUUUUUUUAUUCGUUAAUCACGAGAAAUUCGACUAGUUUUGUGUCAAAUAGAAAGUAAUAGUCCAAAUAAAAAAUGGUGGUACUGUCUUCUGGACCGGACCCUGAUCCGGAAGGAGUGAAAAAUUUAUUCAAAGAAUAUAAUAUGACGCCGGAGAUAGUUCGACGCGAUGUCGCUCAUAUUAGACAAUGGAUGGUCAAGCAGCCUCAUUUACCCCGUAUACCAGCAUCAAAAGAAGAGGAAAUCAACUAUUGGAUCGAAGGGUUUCUACGACUAACAAAGAACAAUGUCGAGAAAACAAAAACCGCAGUUGAUUGCUAUUUCAAAGCAAAACAUAUAUUUGGUGAAAUUUUCUCAAUUAAAGAUUUCCAGGCUUAUUUGUAUUCAAAUGUAUUUGACAACUUGUUUAUGAUGUUACUACCCAAAUUAACUCCCGAUGGAUUACGAAUUAUGCUCUACGGCGUCAGAAGUGAAAACGCAGCACUGUUCCAGCCGAUGGACUUCUUUAGAAGAAUGGGCAUGGUUCUCGAUAUCCAGCAAAAAGCUGGAAUAGAUUUUACUGGAAUUCAUGUGGUCAUUUAUGCUCGUUAUGGAACCUUGGGGCAUUUGGCUCAAUUUGAUCUCACCAUGUUAAAAAAAGUUUUCAAAUUAGCCAAAAAAGCUUACCCCAUUCGUUUAAAGCAUACGCAUAUAAUCUAUCCUCCAACAUUCGUUGAAGCUGCUGUGAAAAUUAUCAAACCAUUUUUAACGAAAAAGGUCAUGUCUAGAUUAAGCGUUCACAAAGAUCUCCAAUCUUUAUGGCAGACGUUACCAAAGGAAGUUUUACCAGCCGAUCUUGGUGGCGAAUUACAAACAUUGCAAGAAAUGCAUGAAAUGUGGAGAGAUCGCAUUUUGGAUCACUACGACUGGUUCCAGACAAAUCGUAAUUUAGUAUCAGAUGAAUCGAAGAGAUGCCGAAAAGAUGGCAAAAAUGAUAAAUACGGCCAGAAUGGUACUUUCAGGAAGUUAACAUUGGACUGAUAAAACUUUUAUGGCUAAUACAGGUAUAUAGCAAGACUCAACAGUGUUCAUAUAAGUACAUAAGUUGUCCAAAUUCCGAAUCAAAAAAAUCAAUCAAGUUAGUUCAUCAGUUCCAAGAUGUGUUCUCGUACGUCUUGGUUUGCCGGAGGAGGAUAGGUUGGUAUAUCGCAAGAUCAUCUAGUUUAAUGAAUAAAACAAAAGAUAAACAAAACAGAAAAAAAGUGUAUUAAAAAAUUGGGCUUUUGUCGGUUUUUUUUUCAUGUUAAUUUCAAAUCAAAUAGGCUGCUUUUUUUUCUCAGAUAAAAUAAUUCUACAAUAAAAAAUUAUGGAGUCUGAACUUUUGUCAUCUUUUUUCAUUUUCAGUUUUUUAAUGUGUUUUCUCUUUAUUGGAGCAUGUAAUUUAAAACGGCGGGCUUUUGCCAUCUUCAUUUUUUUUGCUUUUGUUUUCUUUUUUCUUUUUUCUUUUAUUGUUUUUUUUUGUAAUAAAAAAAUCAACUUCUCAGAUGAAAAUUUAAAAUGAUUAUUGUCAUAAUUUAUGUUUUAUGAUGCUUCUCUUCAUUAACGCGAGUUGUCUAGUAGGGAGCUGUCUCCCUCUAAACUAUAAAAUAUCUGCAAGUAUUUUAUAUUGAUUUCUCUUAAUUGUAUUUUUUACAACAAAUAAAUAAUAUUGACAUGCAA